CUCUCUGUCUGUCUCUCUCUCUCUCGGCGUCUACCAAGUGGGGAUGCCGGAGUCCAACCGCAGCUCUCGUCUCAUUCAUGCUGAGCGCUGCUCUCCUGCGCGCGGAUCCGCAGAGCUGAGUGUGUGACAAGCCGAGCGGCCAUGGAAACGUCUCGUGCUGCAACUCUGACAUCCCAAACUAAUGCACGCCGAGUUGGACCAACGCAAACGGAUUAAUCAGGCUGGUGGCAGAUGAGACUGAGGACCAAAGGAUGAGAUUAUAACCUUUUAAAGUGGAGAAAAAAAGGAAUAAACACAAGUGGAUCUGAUUACUCUGGAACUCAGUUUUUUGUAUCGUCGUACCCUGCUGGGUACCAUGAGGAACUGACUGAACCCUUGGCGGAUUAAACACUCAAAAAUACACAUUAACACCCACUUGCUCAUGCACCCCAUCCCCUCCCCUCCCCUCACCACCAUGCCCUCUCACCUCAAUCCACCCCUUCUCUUCCCCUUCCUCUUCCGUCUCCUCCUCCUCUUCAAGGCUUCCGCAUCUACCACUCCUCCCUCCUUCCACUCCUUCUCUCCACCCGAAGGAGGCCUCACGCAUUUAGUGGUCAACAACAAAACCGGAGACGUCUAUCUGGGUGCCGUGAACUGGAUUUACAAGCUCUCCGGCGACCUCACCAAGCUGCGGAGCCACGUAACCGGUCCUGUCACCGACAACCCUCGGUGUUACCCUCCCCCCGGCGUCCAGUCCUGCCCCCAUGAGCUGGUGCAGACUUCUAAUAUCAAUAAACUCUUGCUACUCGAUGCUGCCCACAACCGCUUAAUUGCAUGUGGGAGUACUUCCCAGGGAAUAUGUCAAUUUCUGCGUCUGGAUGAUUUAUUCAAGCUUGGUGAGCCACACCACCGUAAAGAACACUAUCUAUCCAGCGUGGCUGAGGCUGGCACUAUGUCUGGUGUGGUGAUCUCCCCAGAUAUUUUUGGUGGGGGUGGCAAACUCUUUGUCGGCACCCCCAUUGACGGGAAAUCAGAGUACUUCCCCACUCUGUCGAGUCGAAAGCUGAUGUCUAAUGAGGAGAACGCGGACAUGUUCAGCUUUGUGUACCAGGACGAGUUUGUCUCAUCCCAGCUGAAAAUUCCCUCAGACACCCUCUCCAAGUUCCCAGCGUUUGACAUCUACUACAUCUACGGCUUCAACAGUGAGCAGUUUGUCUAUUACCUCACCUUACAACUCGACACCCAGCUCACGUCACCAGACGCAAGCAGCGAACAGUUCUUCACCUCGAAAAUUGUUCGCCUCUGCGUCGACGAUCCCAAGUUCUACUCUUACGUCGAAUUCCCCAUCGGCUGCACGAAGGAUGGAGUGGAGUAUCGCUUGGUUCAGGAUGCUUUUUUGGCCCGUCCGGGAACCCGCUUGGCACGUUCUCUUGGUAUUCGAGAGCACGAGGAGGUUCUGUUCACCGUAUUUGCCCAAGGUCAGAAGAACAGAGCCAAGCCGCCCAAGGAGUCAGCUUUGUGUUUGUUCACAAUGAGGCAGAUAAAGGAGAAGAUUAAAGAGAGGAUUCAGUCGUGCUACAAAGGAGAGGGGAAACUCUCCCUGCCCUGGCUGCUCAACAAGGAGCUUGGCUGCAUCAACUCGCCGUUGCAGAUAGACGAUAACUUCUGUGGCCAGGACUUCAACCAGCCGCUGGGAGGCACGAAGGCCAUCGAGGGCAUCCCCCUGUACGUGGACAAGGACGAUGGCAUGACCUCUGUGGCAGCUUACGACUAYAGAGGAAACACCGUGGUGUUCACUGGAACUCGCAGCGGACGCAUGAAAAAGCUCUUGGUGAACUCCAUUGGCCAGCCUGCCUUGUUGUAUGAGAACGUCGUGGUGAGUGACGGGAACCCCCUCCUGAGGGAUUUGCUCUUCAGUCCAGAUCAUCAGUUCCUGUACGCCCUAACUGAUAAACAGGUUACACGUGUGCCGGUGGAGAGCUGUGAGCAGUACACUUCCUGUAGAGACUGUUUGGGAUCAGGAGACCCUCACUGUGGUUGGUGUGUGCUACAUAAUGUAUGUUCGCGAAGGGAUCGCUGUGAGCGGGCAGAGGAGCCUCAGCGUUUCACCACCAGAGUGGAGCAGUGUGUUCACCUCUCCGUCCACCCAGAGACCAUUUCAGUCACCAUGUCAGAAGUGCAGCUGGUGCUUCAGGCGCAGAACGUGCCCAGUCUGUCUGCGGGAGUCAACUGCUCCUUCGAGGACUUUGUAGAGACGGAGGCGCGCAUCUACAGCGGGCGGAUCUUCUGCCUGUCUCCCACCACGAAAGAUGUAGCACCCAUCACACGUGACCAAGGUGAUCAGCGUGUCAUAAGGUUGUAUCUGAAGUCGAAAGAGACCGGGAAGAAGUUUGCCAGCGUUUUGUUCAUUUUUUACAACUGCAGCGUCCACCAAUCGUGCCUGUCUUGUGUUAAUGCCAACUUCCCCUGCCACUGGUGCAAAUAUCGCCACAUGUGCACACAGGAUGCCAACGACUGCUCCUUCCAGGAGGGACGAGUCAACACAUCGCAGGAGUGUCCACAGAUUCUGCCGUCCACCCAGAUCUAUAUUCCCGCCGGAGUCAUGAGGCCAAUCACGCUGUUGGCCCAGAAUCUGCCCCAGCCUCAGUCCGGACAGAGAAACUACGAAUGCAUCUUUCACAUCCAGGAAAACACGCACAGCGUCCCCGCUCUUCGGUUCAACAGCUCGAGCAUACAGUGUCAGAAGACCACGUAUGACUAUGAGGGCAGUGAUAUCAGUGACCUGCCGGUUGACCUCUCUGUGGUGUGGAAUGGAAACUUUGUCAUCGACAACCCUUUCAACAUUCAAGCCCACCUGUACAAGUGCAGAGCGUUGCGGGACAGCUGUGGGAUGUGCCUGAAAGCUGACCCCAGGUUUGAGUGCGGUUGGUGCAUCCAAGACAAGAAGUGCUCCCUGCGGCAGGAGUGCACCGGAGGAGGAAAUUCCAACCUGCCGCUGCAAGUGGCUGAAGGUGGAGGAUGGAUGCACGCCACAUCUGGAAACAGCAGGUGCACUCACCCCAAGAUCACUAAGUUGUUUCCUGAGACGGGGCCUCGUCAAGGAGGAACCAGGGUGACCAUCUUGGGGGAAAACUUGGGCCUGCAGUUUAGAGACAUCCAGAUGAGCGUCAGGUUGGGGAAGGUCCCCUGUGUGCCUAUUGAGGAGGAGUAUGUUAGCGCAGAGAGAAUUGUGUGUCUCCUGAAUGAUGCUACUGGCUACAGAGUUCAAGAAGCUCAGGUGGAGGUGUGUGUGAGAGACUGUGUCAACGACUAUAAAGCCCUGUCACCACGACCAUUCACCUUUGUGACUCCAUACUUCACCCGUAUCCAGCCAUCUCAGGGUCCCAUUUCAGGYGGCACUCGAGUCACCAUUGGAGGAAGCUAUCUUAAUGCAGGCAGCUACGUGUCUGUCAGCAUAGGACCACAACCAUGCCACUUUAAAAGGAGAAAUGCCCGUGAGAUAGUGUGUGAGACACCAGCUGGACUUGCAUCGGGCGGUACAUCCGUCUUGGUGGACAUUGAUGAUGCUGAGCUCAGGAACCCAGAAGUCAAGUUUAACUACACUGAAGACCCAACUGUCCUAAAAAUAGAACCCGACUGGAGCAUUGCCAGCGGUGGGACUCCACUGACAGUGAGCGGCACCAACCUCGCAACCAUUAAAGAACCAAAGAUCAGGGCCAAGUAUGGGCAGGCAGAGUCUUUUCACAACUGUACAGUGUACAACAACUCUGUGAUGGUCUGCCUCGCUCCGUCAGUGGCCGACUCGGAGCUCGCUUUUUCUGAGACGGGCACCGGCCCRGAUGAAAUUGGGUUCUACAUGGACAACGUGAACGCUCUGGUGGUGGUCAAUGAGACGUUCAGCUACUACCCAGACCCUGUGUUUGAACCGCUGAGUCCAUCUGGUGUACUGGAGCUGAAACCCACGUCCCCACUGAUACUGAAGGGUCGUAACCUGAUCCCAGCGGCCCCAGGUAACAGUCGCCUGAACUACACGGUGCUGAUUGGAGAGACUCCCUGCGUCCUGACCCUGUCUGAGAGCCAGCUGUUGUGUGAAUGGCCCAACCUCACUGGACAACACAAAGUCACGAUCCGUGCUGGAGGAUUUGAGUACUCCCCGGGGACUCUUCACAUCUACUCGGACAGCCUGCUAACCCUGCCAGCCAUCAUUGGUAUCGGAGGAGGUGGUGGCCUCCUCCUGUUGGUCAUCAUCGCUGUGCUGAUAGCCUACAAGAGGAAGUCGAGGGACGCGGACCGCACCCUGAAACGGCUGCAGCUGCAAAUGGACAACCUGGAGUCAAGAGUGGCCCUGGAGUGUAAAGAAGCCUUUGCAGAGCUCCAGACAGACAUCCAUGAGCUCACCCAGGAGUUAGACGGAGCCGGGAUUCCCUUCCUGGACUACCGUACUUAUGCAAUGAGGGUCUUGUUCCCUGGAAUUGAGGACCACCCUGUGCUCAAGGAGAUGGAGGUACGGGUCCAAGCAAAUGUUGAGAAGGCACUCACGCUGUUUGGCCAGCUGCUGACCAAGAAGCACUUCUUGUUGACAUUCAUACGAACACUAGAGGCUCAGAGGUCGUUUUCAAUGCGCGAUCGAGGCAAUGUGGCAUCUCUGAUCAUGACAGCCCUGCAGGGGGAGAUGGAGUACGCAACGGGGGUCCUGAAACAACUUCUGUCCGACUUGAUUGACAGAAACCUGGAGAGUAAAAACCACCCCAAACUGCUGCUGAGGAGGAGUGUGCUGGAGAGCCUCUGUUUAUGCUGUACUGUGCCAUCAAGCAGCAGAUGGAGAAAGGACCCAUUGACGCCAUCACAGGAGAAGCUCGCUACUCUCUCAGCGAGGACAAGCUCAUCAGGCAACAGAUUGACUACAAAACACUGACGUUGCACUGUGUAAACCCUGAGAAUGAAAAUGCCUCUGAGGUGACGGUCAAAUGUCUGAACUGCGACACCAUCACUCAGGUCAAAGAGAAGCUGCUUGAUGCUGUGUAUAAAGGAAGCCCGUAUUCACAACGACCAAAGGCUUCAGAUAUGGACCUKGAAUGGCGUCAGGGUCGAAUGGCCAGAAUCAUUCUGCAGGACGAAGACGUCACAACUAAGAUCGACAACGACUGGAAAAGACUCAACACGCUGGCUCACUAUCAGGUAACAGAUGGCUCAGUGAUUGCCCUUGUGCCAAAGCAGAACUCUGCAUAUAACAUCUCCAACUCCUCCACGUUCACAAAGAGCCUCAGCAGAUACGAGAGUAUGCUGAGGACAGCCAGCAGUCCGGAUAGCCUACGGUCACGAACACCUAUGAUCACACCUGACCUGGAGAGUGGAACCAAACUGUGGCAUCUGGUAAAAAACCACGACCACUCAGACCAGAGAGAGGGGGACCGAGGGAGCAAGAUGGUCUCUGAGAUCUACCUGACCAGGCUGCUGGCCACAAAAGGUACGUUACAGAAGUUUGUCGACGACCUGUUCGAGACCAUCUUCAGCACAGCACACAGAGGCAGCGCGCUGCCGCUGGCCAUCAAGUACAUGUUCGACUUCCUGGACGAACAAGCAGACAAACACUCCAUCACAGACUACGAUGUACGACACACCUGGAAGAGUAACUGGUAAGACACAGAGUUGCUACAUCUCUGGGGUGGGGGGGUCAGCAAAGUUUGAUGAAGUUGUUCCGUUUAAAGGGAAAAGAUUCAGAGAUCUUAAACUGGGUUCGUUUUAGUCUGCAAAACAUUUUUAAUGAGAAUCGAAUGUUAUAGAAAAGAAAAGAAAUGAAAAAAGAAAAUAAACAAAAAGUAAA